AUGGUCAAGUUUCUACGUCGCAAAGACGACCGAGGCUUGGAUGAGACUCCUUUGGAAGAUCUACACAACUUGUAUGAAAAGUACAAAAGCCAAUAUCAUGGUACCAAAGAGAAGCUGGAUAAAACAGCUCAGGCUUUGCGCAAAUCUCAACAACAAGAAGCUGAAUUGCAAAAGACAAUCAAGGAUCAGAAAUCAUCUGUCAAGGAGAAUCAAAAGGAGAAAGAUAUUGCUGUUAAAAACUUGACCAAGGCCAACUCAGAUUGGGAUUCGAAAAUGAAAAAGGCCAAUACUAACUGGAAUAAUCAGAGAUCCGCAUUGCAAAGUGAAAUUGAAAAGUUGACUUCAAAAUUGAACGAAAAGACAACGUUACUUGAGGAUGCUUUGAAACGCGAAGAAGAUCUGAAGCAAGUGGUAUCCAAAAAUGAAGAUUUGAUCAAGAAACAGAGCUUCCAGUUGAAGGAAAACGUCGUAACUAUCCGAUCGACUCAAGAACGAGAACGCAAAUUGGCAGAAGGAGUCGUUGGAUGGAUGAACAAGACCAAAGACGCGAAUGUCAAAUUGGAGACACUGGAAGAGAAUCUAGAAGUGCAAGCCGAAGAUCUGGAACGUCUCAUUGAAUCUGAGACGGUACUGAAGUCAACACUUUCUACAACUCAAGGCGCCUUGAACGAGACUACCACAUUGUUGGAUCAAACCAAACAAGAGCUCGCGCAAACACAAUCAAAUCUAGCAAAAGCACAAGAGGAACAAGGGCCACUGCGAAAAGCAUUGGGAAACAAAACCAAGGAAGCUGCUGGUACAGCUAGUGCACUUGAAAGGAGGUCGGCAGAUCUGGAAGCCACCACUUCGUCACUGAAGGAAACCAAGUUGGCCCUUCAAACGAUUCAAAAAACGCUUGCAGGACUACAGAAUAAAAAUGAAGAGUUGCGAGCUGCUCUGGACGACAAGAUGGAGGAAGCCAAUAAUACUACCAAAGCACUUGAAGCCAAAUCUGCCGAGUAUGAAUCUGUACACCGUGAAAUCAAUGAAUGGAAUCAAAAGGAAGUCAGUUGGAUGGACCGAAUAGCAGUCGCUGACGAUAGUUUGCGACACCUGACUAUGGAGCUUUGGCGUGUGAAGGAUGAGGUGUUCGAUACUCUAGAGCAGCGACAGACGGAGGAAGAAGAAUUCUGUUCUGCUCUUCACGAAAAGGAAGGCGAAAUACAUGCCAUGAACAAAACAUUGGCACAUCAGAGUGAAUCAUCUCAGCAUGAAGUCGAUUCUUUGAAGAAGAAGGAAACCAAAUUGAUCAUCCAAUUGAAGCAAGCGGUAGAAAGAGAACAUCAUCUGACCAUGGAACUAUUCCGAACAAAGCAAGAUUUGUUGGACGAUCUGGAAGGAUGUCAGGUUUUGGAUGAGGAUCUUGCUGAGACGGCAUUUGCAGUCGCGUCACUGCAGGCAAAUCUGAAGAAGGAACAAGAAGAACGCUUCUUGGAAAUGGAACGAACCUCAAUGCUGGAAGCCAACCUAGUCGAGUCGAAGAAACAGUGGCUGGAUGAUUUGGAAGAACAUGCCAUGUUGGAUGAAGAUCAUUCAGUUGCCCUACAACGAGUCUCCCUUCUUCAAUCCGGUCUUAUCGAGUCACAACAGCACUGGCUUGAUGAUUUGGAACGAGACGCCCUACUGGAGGAGGACUAUGCUGAUGCUCGUCAAAAUUGGCAAAAUGCCAAAGAUCAAGCAGCGGCACUGAAAGCAUCACUUGUUCAACUCGAAGAACAGCGUCGCUCCGACAUCGAUCUUGCAGAGUUUGAAAACGAUGAAAUUAAGACUCAAUUGCAAGAGUCCGAGAUUGAAAUCACUAAUCUUAAGUCCACCGUGGAUUCUUUGGUACACAAUUUGCAUGAGAUCAAGAACCAGCACGAAGCAGAGUUGACAGAAGUCCAAUGGAAGCUACAGUCUACCAUGAAAGAAGCCGAUGAACAUUGCAGUACUGUCAUCGCCUUCACCGCCGAAAAGGAGUCACUACAGGAGGAAUUGGAAUCCACGAGGGCCGAGCUUGCGAAGUCAAACGACCAAAUCACCCUGUCUAAUAGAGAACUCAAAAAGAGACAGGAAGAUCUUGCUGCAGCUCGACAAGAGUGCGAGUCCAACAAAUUCAACUUUGCACAAGAGGCGUCAAAACAUCUGUUGGCGAUAGCAGCAAUCGAGAAACUUCAAUCAGAGCUACAAGAAGCCAAGUCUUCCAGUGAAGAGGCACAGCAGAGGAUGAUUUCUGUUGAGCAAGAGAAGUCUGAGGCAGAUAAGCUGAGAAUCAAUGAGAUGACGUCAAGAAACGGAGAACUGCAGGCCAAUGUUGCCGUACUGGAGCAACAGCUUGCAGCAGCCAGGGAAGAAGCUGCUACCGGUAGCUCAAGAAUUCAAGACUUAACGUCAAAGAACGAAGUAUUCGAAGCAAGAGUUGCUCGACUGGAGAGUCAGCUGACAUUGGCGAAGCAGGAAGUUGAGGCAAGAGAAGCACGAAACAGCGAACUGAUGUCAAAGACAGGAAAUGCCGACACUGAGAUUGUCAGGUUGGCAACCGAACUUGCUGAGACGAAGGAACACGCUGCAGCAACCCAGGAACUAGUUGACAGGCUAACAUCCGAAUCUAAAGCUUCCAGCACAAGCAUUGCUGUUCUGGAUGCUGAUCUUGCUACAGCAAGGGAAGAGAUCGAAUCAAGCAAAGCAAGAAUCGAGCACCUGGAAGCAAAGAAGGAACGCUUGGAAGGAAACGUUGUCAUGCUAGAGAAAGAGCUUGCUGAUGUAAAGGAAGGUGCUGAAUCAAGCAAGGCCACAGUCGUUGCGCUGACUUCAGCUGGCGAUGAAUCAGCUGAUUCUAUCAAGCGCCUUGAGAAUGAGCUCACUGAAUCAAGACAUUUGGCACAGCAGUCUGAGUCGGAGCUGAGUACAGCAAAACAAGAGCUUGCCACAAAGGCUGCACAAAUAGACAAGUUGGAGUCUGAGAAAGAAGGAUUGGAAGAAAGUGUCACCAAGUUAGAGAAAGAUCUUGCCAACGCAAAGGAAGAUGUUGAAUCAAGCAAGACGACAGUCGUUGCGCUGACUUCAGCUAGCGGUGAAUCAGCCGAUUCUAUCAAGCGCCUUGAGAAUGAACUCACAGAGGCGCGGGUGUCGGCACAGCAGUCUGAGUCGGAGCUGAGUACAGCAAAACAAGAGCUUGCCACAAAGGCUGCACAAAUAGACAAGUUGGAGUCUGAGAAAGAAGGAUUGGAAGAAAGUGUUACCAAGCUAGAGAAAGAUCUUGACGACGCAAAGGAAGAUGUUGAAUCAAGCAAGGCCACAGUCGUUGCGCUGACUUCAGCUGGCGAUGAAUCAGCUGAUUCUAUCAAGCGCCUUGAGAAUGAGCUCACUGAAUCAAGACAGUUGGCACAGCAGUCUGAGUCGGAGCUGAGUACAGCAAAACAAGAGCUUGCCACAAAGGCUGCACAAAUAGACAAGUUGGAGUCCGAGAAAGAAGGAUUGGAAGAAAGUGUCACCAAGUUAGAGAAAGAUCUUGCCAACGCAAAGGAAGAUGUUGAAUCAAGCAAGACGACAGUCGUUGCGCUGACUUCAGCUAGCGGUGAAUCAGCCGAUUCUAUCAAGCGCCUUGAGAAUGAACUCACAGAGGCGCGGGUGUCGGCACAGCAGUCUGAGUCGGAGCUGAGUACAGCAAAACAAGAGCUUGCCACAAAGGCUGCACAAAUAGACAAGUUGGAGUCUGAGAAAGAAGGAUUGGAAGAAAGUGUUACCAAGCUAGAGAAAGAUCUUGGCGACGCAAAAGAAGAUGCAGAAUCAAGCAAGGCCACAGUCGUUGCGCUGACUUCCGCUAGCGAUAAUCAGCUCACUGAAUCAAGACAGUUGGCACAGCAGUCUGAGUCGGAGCUGAGUACCGCGAAACAAGAACUUGCCGCAAAGGCCGCACGGAUCGAAGAGUUGCAAUCUGAGAAAAAAAGCUUGCAAGGAAAUGUUCGUAAGCUAGAGAAUGAUCUUGUCGAGGCAAAAGAUAAUGCGGACACAGGGGUUCUGUCAAGAGAGUUGCCACAUCAGUCGGACUCGGAGGCGAUUGCAAUGAAAGAAGAGCGUGCCUCAAAUAUCGCAAGAUUAGAAGAAUUGGAAUCUGAGAAAGAAAGCCUGGAAGAAGACGUUGCAAAGCUGGAGAAGGAACUUGCUGAGGCAAAAGAGGAGGCGGCAACAAGCAAUACUGCAAACAUUGCGCUGAAGUCUAGAAGCGAUGAAUUAGCUGGCGCUGUCAAGCAACUUGAGAGUGAGCUCACAGAGACACGGAGACUGGCUCAGCUGUCCGAUUCGGAGCUGAUGGCGGCGAAAGACGAGCUUGCCACAAGCAUCGCAAGAAUGGAAGAGUUGAAAUCUGAAAAAGAAGAGGCUCUUGCAAGCCUCGAAAGUGCACAGAAUGAUCUAUCUGAUUCGACAAAGACAGUGUCAGAUACGCAGGAGGAGCUGUCGGCUGUUAGGAAUGAAAACGAAACAAACAAAUCAAGAGUCAGUGAGUUAACAGAGAAGAAGGAAGAAGCUGAAGCAAAUAUUGCUCGACUGGAACAAGAUGUUCGUGAAGCAAGAGAAGAAAGUGAGAAAACGAAGACAGCAUUAGUCACGUUGACUUCAAAGAGCGACAAUUCCUCCCAGGUAGUUAUGCGUCUUCAGAAUGAGCUGACUGAAUCGCAACAAAAGGUAGGACAGCUUGAAGUCGAACUAACAACCUGCAAAGAAGAAGCCGAGACAAGCAAGGCAUCAGCAGAAGAGUUGACUAUACAACAAAAAGAGGCUGAAGUUAAUGUUGCUCUCCUGGAGUCUAAGCUCACAGAAUCGCAAAUGGCCCUGGAUGAAACCCAAGCGGAGCUGGCGGCGGCAAAGGAGGAACGUGAAACACGAAUGGUCGAACUAGCAGCCUCCAAUGAGGAGUCGGAGGCCAACUUUGCCAGGCUGGAGCAAGAGCUACAUGUAUCCAAAGAGGAGAGCGCAACAAACAAGGCAGCAGUUGCUACUUUGACUGUAAAGGGUGAGGAAAUGGGCGAAAGAGUAUCGCAACUAGAGAAUGAGCUAACCGAGUCGAGAACAACAGCCAACAGUUACCAGAAGGAACUAGCUUCAGCGAUGGCAGCCGAAGAGACAAGCAAAACGAAGAUUGAGGAGUUGACGGCCAAGAAUGAAGAGUUUGAAGUGACAAUCGCGGAGCUUCAGAGUGAACUUGACGAAUCGAAAGAGCUCGCAGACAGGCAGCAGACCGAUCUCAGCAACAUGCAAGAUGUAGCAAAAGUAAGCGAGGCAACGAUCAGAGAUUUGAAGUCCGAGAACAUCAAUGCCAGUGAAAAGACUGCUCAGUUGGAGAACGAGUUGGCAGAUUCCGCGCGUACAAUUGAACAGUUGAACGAAGAGCUAGCUGCUGCAAAGCAGAUAGAGGAGACGAGUAGGACGACCAUUGUUGCACUAGCUUCAAAAAGUGAUGAAACCAAUGAAUCUGUUUCUCGGCUUGAAAAAGAGCUGAUGGAAUCAAAAGAGUCGAAUGAACAGAUUCAAUUUGAGCUCGUCAAGGCAAAGGAGGAAUUGGAAGUCAAUGCUGCCACGAUCGAAGAAUUGAAAUCGAAGAAGGACGAGUCUGACGAAACUACAACUCGUUUGGAGAACGAAGUAUUAGAGUCUCGCCAGUCAAACGACGCAUUGAACGGAGAACUGAUCACAGCAAAGGCAGAAACGGAAGCUGCCAAGGCGACUAUUGAUGAGCUUACAUUGAAGAUGGAGGAUGCCAACGCAAAGGCUUCCAAGUUGGAGGCCGAUCUAGCAGAAGCCAGCACUACCAUUGAGAAAAUUCAAGAAGAACUCACUGCGGCUCAGAGUGAAUGCGAGACUUGCAAGAAGACCAUUGUUCGAUUGCUUUCGCAAACGGAAGAAUCCAGUGGAGCCAUUUCACGCUUGGAGUUGGAUUUGGCCGAAUCAAAGAGUUUUGCUGAGCAGUCCAAGAUUGAGCUUGAUAGAGCCACAAAAGAGCGAGAGGAACGGCAGGCAGCAAUUGACGACCUGACGAAGAAGCACGAAUCAUCCUUGGAACGAGUUGCCACAUUGGAGAGUGAAAUGGAAGAAGCUUUAUUGGCUGUGGCCCAACGCCAAGGACAAUUGACCAAUGCGGAGAAUGAUCUGGAAGAAACCAAACAUGAGCUAUCCAAGAUUCAAGAACAAGAGAGUUCCCAUUCGUCGAAACUCAAGAAUGAAGCCGAAUACUUGCAAUCCAAGAUUGCCGAGAUGGAGUCGCAUCUCCAGACGGAAGCCGAGUCCUUGCAAUCCAAGAUUCAAGAGUUGGAAGCUGCUGUUGCCGAAAGCAAGGAACAAAAGUCGUCCCUUGAGAAAUCACAAGAGGAGACACAACAGGAUCUUCUGUCCUCCAAACAAGACAUUGAGAGUCUACAGGACCAAGUUCAAGAACUCAAAGAAGCUUUACAAGUCUCCAAGGAAGACACUGCUGCGGCCCAAUCCGAGUUGCAAAAGACGCGAGAUGAAUUGAAAUCGUUGCAAAAGGACUUUGAAAGCACCCAAGAACGAGCCCUAAAUGCGGAAUCCAACCGAUCCAUGGCCGAAUCCCAACUGGACGAACUCCAAAAGACACAUGAAGAAGCUAUCGUGUCACUCAAAGAAUCCAGAGACGAGACGUAUUCCCAAUUGAAUAUGCGAGUGGCCGAUUUGGAAUCUGAUUUGUCUCAAGCCAAGUUCCAAUUGGAAUUGGCCGAAACCAUGGCGGAAGAAUCGUCCAAGGAAGCCGCCUUUCAUCGCAAGACCUUGACAGAAAUGGGGGUGGAACUCAAGAAUUACAAGGAUCAAACCUUGCAAUCGGAAAACUCGCUCAAGGAAGAAACGGACAAGUUGAAGGAAGAAUUCGAUUGGUAUGAUACAUGA